AUGGAGAUCACCGCAGCAAAAGGAAGAAGGAGGGGUGGAGGGAGGGGGGAAGGCCCACUAGCCAGCACCGCCCCGACAGGCCCAGCAGGCCCACACGGGGAGCUGGCCCGCGAACCGGCGGCCACUACACAGAGAUCUGGAUCUAGGGUACACGGAGCGACCAGCGGCCCCGCCGCCGCCACCGCCGGCGACGGAGCCCCCGCAGCCGGAGACGGAGAGGGAGAUGGAGAGCCUCCAAGCUCCCCAUCAGGAGCACGACCCAAGACACCAAGCGCAGGAGACGUGGACGCAAACUUACCAGAUCUACGCCGACGCCGCGAGACCCGGAACCAGCCGUCGGCCGACGGAGACACCCCCAACGGCCGGCCCCGACCCCCGGGGGCAAACUUACGAGGGCGAGGGGCGGCGCAGGCGACCGCCACCUCCCCAGCGCAGGCCACCGCACCACCGGGGGAGGAAGGCAGAGACCGCGAGUCCUCCUCAUCCGACAACAGCGCCCAAAAACGAGAUCCAAGAACCGGCAGCGAAGAGAGGGAAGGGGAGGGAUCCACCUGCGAAGAAACAGGGGAGGAUAGGGAAGGGGGAGCUACACCUGAAGGUGAGGGCGACCGGACGCCAGUCACCGGGGAAGGGCGGGGCGCAGAUCUGCCGAGCCGAGGAGGAGAAGGGGAGGAAGGGUGGGGAGGGAGAGAGGGAAGAGGAGCCAUGCAGAGUUGUUGUUGGAGGAGGUCCCCUUUGCUUCUUACAGGACAGCAAAUCGCAUUCAAGAAGUUGGAGGAGGUGUAUGGCACCUUUGAUGCGCCUUCACAGAGGAAUGGCUUCUUUCUGCCAAGGCCCAAGAUGACCAACGCUGACCUUGGCAGGAUCAUCAACUCUGAUGAGGUGCAGUCUGUCGUUAAGCCAACCAACAAGGAGAUAAAGCUCAGGAAGAAGAGGAGGAACCCGCUCAAGAAUGUGGCUGCAGUGCUCAAGCUGAACCCCUACUUUGGCACUGCCCGCAGGAUGGCUACCCUCGUGGAAGCUGCUCGCAUGAAGGCAAGGAAGGAGAAGAUUGCUUCCAAGAGGACCAGGCUUAGCCCGGAGGAAGCUGCCAAGGUCAAGGCUGCUGGCAAAGCAUGGUACGAGACCAUGAUAUCCGACAGUGACUACACUGAGUUUGAUGUCUUCUCGAAGUGGCUCGGUGUGUCGCAGUAAGCAUGUUCUGAUUAAGUUUUGGGUACUAGUCCUGUCAAGUUAAGUCAGCGAGAACUUCCCAAAAGGAUUCUCGUUUCUCUAUAAUCCUAUUAUUAGCUGAGUUUUUUUCCCCGAGAAUUCUGCUAUGUCCGUUUUGUGUUUCUGUUGUCGUGAGAACAUGUAUAUGAUGUGGUUCAAACUGUAAAUUGUGUUGUGUGUUAUCAAUCUGGUUGGUGAUUGAUGCAUUUCAUGGCGUCUAAU